AUGCAGCGAGGCUUAGAGCAAGCCCUAGACCGUGCAGACGAGGUCAUUGCGGGAGCCCAGCAGAGACCUCCUGCAAGGAGGGUCCCAUGGGCUGAGGGUAAAUCUCUCCAUGAGAAGCUGUAUGACAUUUACGUUGAAGAAUGUGGCAAAGAGCCUGAGGUCACCGAGGAACUCACGGCCAGCGUCCACUUGCUAGAGAAGCUGGUGAGCAGAGAGUCAUUGCCAUGCUUAGUGUUCAACCUUUACCCAGGAGAUAAAGGCUAUUCUGUCAUGCUGGAUGACAAAAGUGGGUCCUUUGUAGAGACCAUUUCACUGCCCUAUGAGGAGAGUAAACUGUUGGAGUACUUGGAUGCACGACAGUUACCUCCUGUUCUGCUUGAUAUCCUGGACACAUCUCAGAUUAAUGUUUUCCAUAGUGGAUGUGUCAUAGCUGAAAUUCGGGACUACAGGCAGUGUGUGGGCCUGGCCCCUUCUGUUUACAAAAGUAGGCAUAUUCUUUUACAUCCAACGAUGCAGACUUUAGUGUGUGAUGCAGAGGCCAUUGCAAGAGAAAACCCUCGAUGGACCCAGAAAGACAAGCCCCCUCUUGGGAGCCGGCGGACUUUAUCUAGAUCAGAACCCAUGUGUCUGAACCCCUCUGUGGCAGUAGCCUGCACUGCCAACAGACUGCAGUGUAGCAUGGGGAAGAGGAAUACCGCACCAAUGCAACAGUGUUUCAAGCGGCCCUUGAGCCCCAACCUGAGUCUGCUGCACGAAUUGUCUCAGUGUGCUCCUCCCCCAGACUUCAGAGUACUGACUAUGUGUAAAGAAAUUAAACAAGAAGAUGAGGGCCAGGGGCACAACCUGAGGAUCACAACACAGAAUUAUACAGACACGUGGAGACAGAGACCCUGUGACCUGACUGUGCCUUCUGAAAUAGAUGUGCAGAAACAUGCCAAAGGAAAGAAGGGUCCCCUACCUGGUGAUGUACCACGGCAUUGCUGGCCACCACUUGUGCUAGAAUAUGAUUGUUUGUUUGAAUUUGAACCUGAGAUUCAGCCAUGGGAAACAGACCCAAGCACUGUAUUGAAAAAAGGUGAUCUACUUUGGUGUGAUAUGAUAGAUCCACCUAAAUUUCCCACGAACAUGAUUCCUAACCACCCCACACAGGUCUCCACAGGUGACCAUUCAGGUGGUCUCACAGCUAGAUCAAAGACUGAUGCUGGGAAGGCAGUCAGCACAUGCCAGGUGUCUAUCCAGAGCAAAGCUGAAUGUUCACGCAGGAUAGCACCAGGCUCCAGUGCCUCAGCCAGUGUGGGUCAACCUCCAGAGGCAAAGCCAAUACUGCCUGUGACCUCAGUGUCAAAGAAGUCCUCAGUAUCCAAAACCAAAGUGAACCCAGAAGUUCCACUGACCACACUCACCUCCAGAUCUCAACAGUGUUCAGUUCAACAUCCCUCUGCACUACAGGUUAGGAGCCCCUGGGUGUUCCCACCUCUUGCCCCUGGUCCCAAGGCAGACAGCCUUUUUCAGGAGUGUCCCAUGGGUCUCAGAGGAGUUACUUCACUUCCUCCUCCUGCCCAAUCCCUUGCUGGUCCCUCUGAAGGCACCCUAAAGACACAGAACUCAGCCACCUCCACUAGCCUAGAGGUUGUCAGUGGGGUGGGCCUAGCACAGGGAGCCUCAGGUUUGAUGAGUGGUUCAGAGCCCACGCUGGGCAAUUCCUCUGAUGUCUUUGAUAUUGGGAAACUCCCGCUUCGUGCCCUUAUGGGCCCACAAGGUCUGAAGUUAUACAUUCACAGGAGCUUCAGCCCCAAUUCCAGCUCAAACCUCAGCCCCAACCCCAAAUCCAACCCCAGCCCCAGUUCCAACCCCAACCCCAACCCCAGUCCCAACCCCAAUUCCAACCCCAUCUCCAGUUCCAACCCCAACCCCAGAAUCAAUCCCAAUUCCAACCCCAGCUUCAACCCCAAUUCCAGCCCCAACCCCAGCCCCAGUUCCAACCCCAGCUUCAACCCCAAUUCCAGCCCCAACCCCAACUCCAACCCCACCCCCAGCCCCAAUUUCAGACCCAACCCCAAUUCCAGCCCCAGCCCCAAUUCCAACCCCAGCCUCAGUUCCAACCCAGGCCCCAACCCCAAUUCCAGCCCCAGCCCCAACCCUGGCCCAAUUGUAUCAGUUGAUGGACAACUUCAGCAACCCACUGCUUUCCCACCACAGCCCAGCCCACAGGCUUUUGUACGAGAUCUGAGCAGUCAGUGA